CUUUUUCAUUGCAAUCUCAAUUCAAAACACUGUUUUCCUGAGAAUUUGUUGGCGAAAAUAGGAGAUGAGCAUUUCUAAUUUGGUAGCGGAAUCUAUUUGGCAAGAGAUUGAAGCAACUCAUUCAGUGAGCGAUGAUCAGCUAUCAACAUUGCAUUUUAUAUUCGGUAAGAAUUUUGAGAGAGCAACCAGGAUUUUUGAUCAAGGCGGAGUAAAGAGGGUUUCUGGUCAGCCCAGUGGCCGAUCCAUCUUUCAGGUUGUAGGAGAAUCGAGGAAGAAAGAGGAAUAUCUUUGCUUCCCGGAACACUAUUGUAGUUGCUAUUCAUUCUUCUAUGAUGUUAUCAACAGAGGGGAAGAGCUCUGUUGUAAGCAUCAACUAGCUGCAAGGCUUGCAGCCUCGACUCGGAAGUGCGUCGAAGUUGAGGUUUCCGACGAGGAACUGGCACUGCUGCUGUCCAAGCUCUAACACUCUAGUAGAAAUCAACAUCCUAAGUAAUAUGAAAUGCUGCAUUCAGUUCAUGUUUUCGUUCCAAUCUGCAACAAAAAGUCUGUUUAUAGAAGCUAGUUUCACCA